UCCACUAUCGUUAACUUAUAACGUGUUGGUGACUAAAGCUAAUGUUAGCUAGCUUCAAUUGCCAUUCAUUCAUAAAACGUUGGCAGAGUUAGCUUUCUCUCUAAACAGGCAACGCGAGCGAGCCGGUUGGUACAAGAUGCUCAAGCAGACGAAUCAAAGCGGCGCUCAGUCAACCAAGGACGUGUUUUCUACCGCAGAAGAGGAAGGUCGAUAUUAACGAAGCAUGGCGUCUCGAGGGAAAUCAGAAACUGGGAAAUUGAGGCAAAAUAUGGAAGGGCAGCUCGACAGACUGAUGCAGCAGCUUCAAGAUCUGGAGGAAUGCAGAGAGGAAAUGGACGACGAAGAGUAUGAAGAGACAAAAAAAGAAACCUUGGAACAGUUGAGUGAAUUCAACGACUCCCUGAAGAAGAUCAUGACAGGAGACAUGACACUUGUGGAUGAACUCAGUGGGAUGCAGCUGGCAACUCAGGCAGCCAUCAGCCAAGCUUUCAAAACGCCAGAGGUGAUCCGCCUUUUUGCUAAGAAGCAGCCGGGACAACUGAGAACCAGACUAGCAGAGAUGGACCGGGAUGUUAUAGUGGGAAAACUGUCGCGGGACGUGUACAUGCAGCAGAAAAUGGAAAUCCUCACAGCCUUGAGAAAACUUGGAGAGACGCUCACUUCAGAGGAUGAGACUUUUCUCACUGAAAAUGCUACAGCUACUCUGAGCCAGUUUGAAAAAGUGACGGCAAACUUGGGCUCUGAAGACAAGAUUCUGGCUUUAGCUUGCUCUGGUGUGAAAACCAAGGCAUAGCAAUCCUACAAAAUGUUAAUUUUAUGUCUUUAAAAUCUGUGUCAAUUUGUAAAUAAUCAGUGUAGCUGCAAACACGUUUUAACGAGUUUUCUUGUAUAGACCUCAGCUUUUGUAAAUGUCUUUUAUUUGUCCGGUGGCUUGUGAUUUGGGUAUUUGAAGACAUACAUGAAUGUAAAACAUUAAUUUACAUGUCUUCAUAUUCCAGUUCCAAAGAAAUGCUUUUAAAAAUUGUACUGUAUCUGUCUUAAAACCUAAACUAUUCAACAGUUAAAA